AUGUCUCCACAGUACGCUUUUGUGACCCUUCUCACCUCAGAUUCAUAUCUGCCGGGUGCACUCACCCUCGCUUAUGCUUUGAAGGACGCACACCGGAACCUCCCACCUGAUCAACAGCUACAAUACGACAUCGUCUGUAUCGUAACUCCGGAGACCGUCGAUGUCAGCACACCCAAGCUCCUCAGAAAAGUUUUUGACGUGGUCAUUGGCGUCGAAGUCCUUACCAACCCUGACGACCAAAAGCUUGAUUUACUUGGUCGCCCUGAUUUGGAUACAGUUCUCACCAAGUUACACGUAUUGCGCCUUACGCAGUACUCCAAAGUCACAUUCCUCGACGCAGACGUUCUUCCGGUCCGCCCCUUGUCUCAUCUCUUCAAAAUAGAGCACGAGUUCGCCGCGGCCCCUGAUGUUGGUUGGCCCGAUAUAUUCAACUCCGGUGUAAUGGUUCUUUCUCCUGGCGAGGACAAGUUCAACCAAGUCUACGAUCUCCUUAAUACUCGAGGUAGUUGGGACGGUGGUGAUCAAGGCAUCCUCAACGAAUGGAGGGGUGAUGACUGGCAUAGACUCCGUUUUACGUACAAUACGACUCCAACAGCUUCUUAUACCUACGCCCCCGCUUAUGAACGGUUUGGUUCUCAGAUAUCAGCCAUCCACUUCAUCGGUCCAAACAAGCCCUGGCAUGCUAUUCCGUUUCGUGCUCCUGGCUCCUCUGCGCAAACAUCCACCAACAUGAAAGAACAGCAAUCUUCGGCGUAUCCACCGCCACGCGCAUACGACUAUGGCUCUCUUGUAGAUCGCUGGUUUAACGUAUACGACUCCCACUGUCGUUCGCGGUGUGAGCUGCCUAACCAGGCUUUAGAUAUACCUCGGUAUACUUCUAUAUGGAAUCAACAGAGCAAUGAAAGUUCCCAGGUUGGAGAAUCGACGGGGCUCAUUCUUGGUCUCGAGGAGCUCCGCCGCGUGGCAGUCGGGGGCAUGGGAUCACUAAGCGCCUGUUCAUACGGUCGAACCAACGACGAGGGAGAGUAUAGGAUUAUGCCUCUUGAAGGGCGCUUUCAUCUGAUGCGCCCUCUGACGCGGGUUGAACAUGAGCAACCGGUACAAACGUCACUCACAGUCUCUUCGUCUGACUCAGUCGGAACGGAAGCUCUCACUGGAUUUUUCCCACCCGAGGAUGAGCCAGCAACUCCUGCUCGUCAGGUUGCGUUACUCUCUGCCUUGUCUUCUGAAAUGACGUGCUUACCUACACCUGGUCCAAACGAGCUCCCGGCCGCCCCUCAUGUGCGACUAUUGUCCCUUCCACCCACUCCCCUUCACUACGACCCUGCUUCUUCUCGCCAACCUUCCGUCAUUGCUGCUGAUUCGCCGCAACCACAGGUUGGAAUGUUACCCACUCCUUUAUCAUCUCCCCCCUUGCAGUGGAAUCCAGCUGUCCUAUCUCCCAAUAAUCUGACUCCAUCGGCUCCUCAAACGACCACCUACUUCUCUAAUUUCUGGGGUCAUUACCGCGUUGUGCAAUCCAAAAUUGCACCCAGUCGCACUGAACCACUAGAAGAACCCGCUGCAGCUGACAAACAACACCUCUUACUUCGUCAAGGCUCGUAUUGCAAUGACAUAAGCGAAGAGAGAUCACCAGCUCCUGAUCCGACCAAGGUAAAGCGUGUCUUCGCGUGGGAGGAGCGAGAAUUUGCUCCUAGACGGGUUUUCCCUGAAGACAAGGCCCCGCUCUCCAAUACCCUUUCUCCCCUCCACCUUUCUGCCACCACUGCCACCCAAUACACUCCGAACAGAGGAGUUAUUCCUCAGUCUGCCAAACCGUCCCCUUUGGGGGAUAUCUUUUAUAAAGAGAAUGCAUGGGACUAUAUGCCUCAUAGUCGGAAAUUUCCUCUUAAAGCUCGUCCUGGAUCUAAAUCCUCGGUUCCAACUUCAAGGUUGAAGUCCCACCAACUAUUGGAAGCAGAGAGCCAAGAUGGAGACGUUGAGGAUGAAUGUGAUGCGGAGUCAGCAAAUGAGGAGCAACUGCCGGGAGAGUGUAUGGUAAUGCAUAAUGUUGGAGGCGUGUGGUAUCGAUCUAUCGGAGUGCAGACUUAUCCUAGGGCGGGCGUACGAGUUGCAGUGGACCCCUUGAGGAUGACGUCACGGUCUCGCGAGGUGAGCAAUAGCUCCCAGCGACCUGGCUUCCUUGCUACUGGGUCUAAUAUGUUCUCCUCUCUCCUGGUGGAAGACGUUCCCGAACCUAACGUACACCGGCCCUUUGCAUCGUCCCGGAUCAUGAUAUCGCAGGGCGUCUCUGCGACCCCAGGCGACGCUGGUCCAAUCCCAAGUUCAACACCAUUAGACACACCUACCCGCUUGCCCCCCAUCAGCAAACACAGAACGGGUGGCCUCUCAGCUUCACCCAGAUUGCACGUUAGCGAUGUAUUCACUUCUCCGUUGCCUCACAGAGCACGACCUGUUACCCCAACCCGAAAGGGGUCCCGCAUUUGGGAAUUUGCUCGUGAUGUUGAAGCAGUCAAGCGGGCAUCUGAAGCGGCCAUAUCCAGGCUUUCGGGUGUCCAACACGGCGAGUAG